AUGGCUGAUCUUGUGAGCUACGGUUAUGUCGAGCGAGACAUCGAACAGGCUCUGAUUGCUUUGAAGAAAGGUGCUCAGCUCCUGAAAUAUGGCCGGAAAGGAAAGCCUAAGUUUUGCCCCUUUAGGCUCUCCAAUGAUGAGACCUCUUUGAUCUGGAUUUCAAAUGGUGGAGAGAAACGCUUGAAGCUAGCUACUGUAUCUAAGAUUGUUCCAGGACAAAGAACUGCUGUUUUCCAACGUUACCUUCGCCCUGAAAAGGACUAUUUAUCUUUCUCUCUCGUAUACUCCAACAGGAAGAGGACUCUUGACGUGAUUUGCAAAGACAAAGUUGAGGCAGAGGUUUGGAUUGCAGGCCUAAAAGCCUUGAUAGCUGGUCAGUGUGGCCGUGCUAAAAUCGACGGCUGGAGUGACGGAGGCCUCUCUGUUGCCGACAGCAGAGACUUGACAUUAGGCAGUCCUACAAACAGCUCGGUGUGUGCUUCUGUUCUCGAGACGCCUUACAAUUCAACCACUUACUCCAAGUCUUCAAGAACUGAGAACUCCGUGAGCUCUGAGAGGUCACAUGUGGCGUCGGAUAUCAGCCCAAACAUGUUAGUACGAGGACCUGGAUCAGACGUGUUCCGGGUUAGUGUCUCUAGCGUUCAAAGCGCAACAAGCAGUCACGGCUCUGCUCCAGAUGAUUGUGAUGCAUUAGGUGAUGUUUACAUAUGGGGUGAAGUGCCGUGUGAUAAGAACGCCAAGUUUUUAGGCUCAAAGUCUGAUGUUCUUGUUCCGAAGCCGUUGGAAUCUAAUGUAGCUCUGGAUGUCCAUCACAUAUCGUGUGGUGUUAAGCACGCUGCUCUAGUGUCUAGACAAGGCGAGGUGUUUACUUGGGGUGAAGAAUCAGGAGGACGUCUCGGCCAUGGAAUGGGGAAAGAUGUGACUGGUCCACAGCUUGUAGAGUCUCUAGCUGUGUCUUCUGUUGAUUUUGUUGCCUGUGGUGAGUAUCAUACCUGCGCUGUGACAAUGACUGGAGAGAUUUACACUUGGGGUGAUGGAACACACAAUGCAGGACUUCUUGGACAUGGUACUGAUGUAAGCCACUGGAUACCAAAGAGAGUCUCAGGUCCUCUUGAAGGUCUUCGAAUCGCUUCUGUGUCCUGUGGACCUUGGCACACUGCUUUGAUAACUUCGACUGGACAUCUCUUCACUUUUGGGGACGGGACGUUUGGUGUGUUAGGCCAUGGUGAUAGAGAAACCGUUUUUUACCCGAGAGAAGUCGAGUCUUUAUCCGGUUUGAGGACUAUAGCCGUUGCCUGUGGUGUAUGGCACGCUGCUGCAGUAGUGGAAGUCAUUGUGACUCAGUCAAGUUCGAGUGUUUGUUCAGGAAAGCUUUUCACUUGGGGUGAUGGUGACAAGAGCCGUCUUGGCCAUGGAGAUAAAGAGCCUCGGCUUAAACCAACAUGUGUAUCAGCUCUGAUUGAUCAUAACUUCCACAGAGUUGCUUGUGGACAUAGUUUAACCGUUGGGUUAACCACGUCCGGGAAAGUUUUCACGAUGGGAAGUACGGUUUACGGUCAGCUAGGGAAUCCAAAUGCUGAUGGGAAGCUUCCUUGCUUAGUAGAGGAUGAUAAACUAAGUAAUGAUCACUGUGUUGAAGAAGUAGCUUGUGGAGCUUAUCAUGUGGCGGUGUUAACAUCUCGGAACGAAGUGUUUACAUGGGGGAAAGGCGCCAACGGGAGGUUAGGCCAUGGAGAUGUUGAAGAUCGUAAAGCGCCAACUCUUGUUGAUGCUUUGAAAGAGAGACAUGUCAAGUAUGUUUCAUGUGGUGCAAACUUUACAGCAGCGAUAUGUCUUCAUAAAUGGGUCUCUGGUAGUGAGCAGUCUCAAUGCUCAGCUUGUAGGCAAGCGUUCGGAUUCACAAGGAAGAGUCACAACUGUUACAACUGUGGGCUUGUCCAUUGCCAUUCUUGCAGCUCCAAAAAGUCGAUGAAAGCUUCUUUAGCUCCUAAUCCGGGGAAGCCUUACCGCGUCUGCGAUUCUUGUUACUCCAAACUGAGUAAAGUCUCUGAAGCCAAGAACGUUAUGCCACGUCUCUCCGGUGAGAACAAGGACAGGUUGGAUAAAACUGAGCUGAGACUGGCGAAAUCUGGAAUACCUUCAAAGAUAGAUAUGAUCAAGCAGCUUGAUAGCAGAGCAGCUAGGCAAGGAAAGAGAGGAGGAGACACGUUCUCUCUCGUCCGCACUUCUCAAACGCCUCUGUUGCAGCUUAAGGACGCUUUGAGUCGUGGACCAUUGAAACCAGCCGUGACUCCUUCUGGCUCAAGAUCUGUUUCACCGUUCUCAAGAAGAUCGAGUCCUCCUCGUUCUGUUACUCCCAUUCCUACAACCGCUGGUCUUGCCUUCUCAACGAGUAUCACUGAGAGUUUGAAGAAGACUAAUGAGCUUCUGAAUCAAGAAGUUGUUAGAUUGCGCGCUCAGGCCGAGAGCAUGAGGCACAGAUGUGAGGUGCAAGAGUUUGAAGUCAAGAAAUCUGUGAAGAAAGUGCAAGAAGCGAUGAAACUUGCAACAGAGGAAUCCACCAAAUCAGAAGCUGCCAAAGAAGUUAUCAAAUCACUUACAUCACAGCUGAAAGAUAUAGUUGAGCUGCUACCACCAGGUGCGUACGAAACUGAGACAACACGGACGGCUAAUUUGCUUAACCGGUUUGAGCAAAACGGGUUCCACUUUGCUAAUGGACAACAACGUCCGUCGCGGUCUGAUUCAAUGAGCGACACCUCUCUUGCAUCGCCCUGGAGAAACUCUCCUUCGCCGAGAAACACAGAUGCAAGCAUGGGGAGAGACGAGCUUCAAAGCGACGGUGUUCGGAUCAGUAACGGUUUCUCAGAAGAUGGUGACACCACUCGGAGAAACUCGAGAACCUCUGCAGCGUCAACGUCCAAUGCUUCACAAGUGGAAGCUGAGUGGAUCGAACAGUACGAGCCUGGUGUUUAUAUAACACUGCUGGCUCUUGGCGAUGGAACUAGAGAUCUCAAACGUGUGCGGUUUAGUCGGAGAAGAUUCAGGGAGCAACAAGCAGAGGCAUGGUGGUCUGAGAAUCGUGAAAGAGUGUAUGAGAAGUACAACAUUCGUGGUACGGAUAGGUCAAGUGUGCAGUCUCAGUUUCAGUCAUGA